GCUCUCUUAACACAACCGUUUUAUCUGCUCGCCACAUGUCCGGCUUUAUCUAGCACCAACGCUGUCUGCCUUGGCUUGGCUUCGUUAUAUCCGUAGCCGGAGCUGCCAGCCUCCCAACCCCUCUCCUCCCAUCAUCUCGCACUCUCCUCCCCUACUCUUCUUCCUCCACGAGUUUCCUUCUCCUUGGACCGAGGGGCGCGCCGUUUGUUGUUAUUCAGUUGAAUUCGUAGUCGUUCGUCGCCAUCGCCGCCGGCGGCCGAGGGAGGGAGACUGGUGCCGGUGUCUCGGGGGUCGGGGAGGAAGGGGCAAGUCAGAGGCGCUGUUUGUAGACUACUAGGGAUUCCACGUCGCGAUUCUUUCCUUGUUUGCACCGGGCGCCAUGAUUCCCUUCCGUCCCCGCGCCCGUCAUGCCAUGUAUAGCCCGUUCCUGCUAUUUUAAUGCAUGCCUAGCCCUCUUCUUUCCUCAUAAAAACAACGCAAUCAAUCGUCGGGAUCUGAGGGGAUCGGCUUUCCUUCCCGCCUGCAGCCGCAGGGGUGGGUAGCAGGAUCAAUUCUCGGGAUAGAGGGAGAGAUUUUAGUCAGUCAUCAGUCCUAGAAAAAAAAAACAACACCGGCGGAGAGUCUUUGUCUGUCGUUUCUAGUCGUAGAUGAGCUUCGGCGGCAUGUUCGACGGCGCCGGCUCCGGCGUCUUCUCCUACGACGCCGGCGGGGGCGGUCCCGGCAUGCACAACCCCGGCCGCCUCCUCGCCCCACCGCCCAUCCCCAGGCCCGGCGCCGGCGCAGGCGGCGGUGGCUUUGCCUCAUCCACCGGCCUCUCCCUCGGCCUGCAGACGAACAUGGAGGGCGGAGGUCAGCUGGGCGGCGCUUUCAUGGGGAGCACGGGGAGCGGCGGCGACGGCGACUCGCUGGGCCGCGCGCGGGAGGACGAGAACGACAGCCGCUCCGGCAGCGACAACCUGGACGGCGCCUCCGCCGACGAGCUCGACCCGGACAACAGCAACCCGCGCAAGAAGAAGAAGCGCUACCACCGCCACACGCCGCAGCAAAUCCAAGAGCUCGAAGCCGUGUUCAAGGAGUGCCCUCACCCCGACGAGAAGCAGCGGAUGGAGCUCAGCCGGCGGCUCAACCUCGAGAGCCGCCAGGUCAAGUUCUGGUUCCAGAAUCGCCGCACGCAGAUGAAGACGCAGAUCGAGCGGCACGAGAACGCGCUGCUGCGGCAGGAGAACGACAAGCUGCGGACGGAGAACAUGACGAUCCGGGAGGCGAUGCGGAGCCCCACCUGCGGCAACUGCGGCGGCGCGGCCGUGCUCGGGGAGGUGUCGCUGGAGGAGCAGCACCUGCGCAUCGAGAACUCGCGCCUCAAGGACGAGCUGGACCGCGUCUGCGCGCUCGCCGGCAAGUUCCUCGGCCGCCCCGUCUCCGCCAUCUCCUCGCCGCUGAGCCUGCCGUCGUCCCUCUGCUCCGGCCUCGACCUCGCCGUCGGCAGCAACAACGGCUUCAUGGGAAUGGGAAUGCAGUCCAUCCCCGACCUCAUGGGCGGCGGCUCGGCGGCCAUGCGCCUGCCCGCUGGCAUCAUGGGCGGCGGCCUCGACGACGGCCUCGGCGGCGACGGCGGCGCCAUCGACCGCGGCGCGCUGCUGGAGCUCGGGCUCGCGGCAAUGGAGGAGCUGGUGAAGGUGACGCAGGUGGACGACCCGCUGUGGCAGCCCAGCCUGGAUAUUGGGCUGGAGACGCUCAACUUCGACGAGUACCGGCGCGCGUUCGCCCGCGUGCUCGGCCCCAGCCCCGCCGGCUACGUCUCCGAGGCCACCCGCGAGGUCGGCAUCGCCAUCAUCAACAGCGUCGACCUCGUCAACAGCCUCAUGAACGAGGCUCGGUGGUCGGAGAUGUUCCCGUGCGUGGUGGCGAGGGCGAGCACGAUGGAGAUCAUCUCGUGCGGCAUGGGCGGCACCCGCAGCGGCUCAAUCCAACUGAUGCGCGCGGAGCUGCAGGUGCUGUCGCCGCUGGUACCGAUCAGGGAGGUGACGUUCCUGCGCUUCUGCAAGCAGCACGCCGACGGGCUGUGGGCCAUCGUGGACGUGUCGGUGGACGGCGUCCUCCGCCCCGACUCCGGCACCGGCGCCGGCCCGGCAGGGUACAUGGGCUGCCGCCUCCUCCCCUCCGGCUGCAUCGUCGAGGACAUGCAGAACGGCUACGCCAAGGUCACGUGGGUGGUUCACGCCGAGUACGACGAGGCGGCGGUGCACGAGCUGUACCGCCCGCUGCUCCGCUCCGGCCAGGCCCUGGGCGCGCGCCGCUGGCUCGCCUCGCUGCAGCGCCAGUGCGAGUACCACGCCAUCCUCUGCUCCAACCCGCACCCCAACCACGGCGACCGCCACGAGGCCAUCUCGCCGGCGGGCCGCCGGUGCAUGCUCAGGCUGGCGCAGCGGAUGGCCGACAACUUCUGCGCCGGCGUCUGCGCCACGGCCGCCCAGAAGUGGCGCCGCCUCGACGAGUGGCGCGUCGAGGGCGCUGGCGGACGGGACCCGGCCGGCGGGGAGGACAAGGUGCGCAUGAUGGCCAGGCAGAGCGUGGGCGCGCCUGGCGAGCCCCCCGGCGUCGUGCUCAGCGCUACCACUUCCGUGCGGCUCCCCGGCACGCUGCCGCAGCGCGUCUUCGACUACCUCCGCGACGAGCAGCGCCGCGGAGAGUGGGACAUCCUCGCCAACGGCGAGGCCAUGCAGGAGAUGGACCACAUCGCCAAGGGCCAGCACCACGGCAACGCCGUCUCCCUCCUCCGUCCAAACGCGACGAGCGGGAACCAGAACAACAUGCUCAUCCUGCAGGAGACGUGCACCGACGCGUCCGGCUCGCUGGUGGUGUACGCGCCGGUGGACGUGCAGUCCAUGCACGUCGUCAUGGGCGGCGGCGACUCGGCCUACGUCUCACUGCUGCCCUCCGGCUUCGCCAUCCUCCCCGACGGCCACACCACGCCGGCCACCGCGACUGACCCUUCUCCCCAGGGCUCGUCGCCCAAUGCUCAUGCCGGCAGCAGCAACAACAACCCCGGCUCGCUCGUCACCGUGGCCUUCCAGAUACUCGUCAACAACCUGCCGACGGCGAAGCUCACCGUGGAGUCGGUCGACACCGUCAGCAACCUGCUCUCCUGCACCAUCCAGAAGAUCAAGUCCGCUCUGCAGGCCAGCAUCAUCUCGCCCUAGCUCCAUGGCUAGCGGGCAUUUGACAUGGAUUCCGGCCAACACACUGAUACAGCGCCGGCCGGAUGCCAUUUCAAAUGUCUAACUAGCUCGAUCAGGUCGUGUAAGAUCACAAAGCUAGAGGAGGAUGAAGAAGAUUUCAGACGAGUUUCGGAUCAUCAUAGCGGCUUCUUGGGAUACAAAUAAAUUAUAUAGUGUGGAGAUGGAAUUAGUAUCGCAUAGAGGAAAUGAACGGGGCGAGAUGCGAACCAGGGAUUAAGUCAAGAACGAACCUCGCGCUAGGCAUGCUCGCAUGUUUAUUAUUUGCCGCUGCUUAAACUAGCUGAUGUGGUGGUUCGGGUAUUGACUUAAACUCUGGUGAAGACUGAAGAGAACCCCCUAGGGCUUCGUUUUAUUUUUUAUCUAUAUAUCUAGUGCUUUGGUUUAAUUAAUGCAUUCUUCUGUGAAGCUUUCUAGGCAAAGACAACAUGAUAUAUAUAAUAUGUUUGCGUUUGUUAACUUA